AUGGAUCGGGUGGACCAAAGCGUAACUCGACACGCGGCCGCGUCGCGGGCGGCGUACGAAACUCUCUACACCGCGUUCGCCGCUCAGCCCGGAGGCAUCAGGGACUCGCACAGGGACGUGCUCCAGUCGCUCAGGGAGGAGCUCCGGCUAGACCAGGCCUUCGCGGACGGGGUGAAGUCGAGGAACGACAGCAAGAGGCAGCGGAGCCUGAGGGGAUCGUCUGUGGCGGCAGGGGAGGAGAAGUCGAGCGGCGGGGGGGGGCUUGGAGACGGCGGCGCCGGGCUAGAGGCUGUGCCAGGGAUCCAGAUCGAGUGGAAAGAGGCAAGCAAACGCAGCACAAAGGCAGAGAGUAGAGACGACGAGUUUUUCGCGACGGGGGGGUGGAGGGGGGGGCUGGACCCCCUCCUGCGGUUCCUGCCUGAGGACCACAACGAUCUGUGCGAGGUCUGCUCGCACGGGGGCGACCUGCUGUGCUGCGACACGUGCUCGUUGGUGUUCCACACCAAGUGCCACCGUCCGGAGCUCAAGGAGGUACCUGCGGGAGACUGGAACUGCCAGUUCUGCGUGGCGGACAGCAGUCACGUCCCACCUGAGGACCGCGCAGAAGCCCAGCGGAACGUGGCGGCUAUGCGAAGGGUUCAAAACAUGUACAUGCCGGAGACGAGGGGCGACACGCUUGUCGACGAGAAGCAGAAGGCACUGAGAUACCGGGGGGUCCACUGGGCCAACAACAUGUUUGUGGUGACCCACUUCGACAAGCACGGCACGAAGGAGUGGCUUACGCUGGGGAAGUUCGCCUCCGCCGACGAGGCGGCGAGGUGCUACGACCGGCACGUCAAGGCCACAGACGGCACCAAGGCCAAGCUGAACUUCCCGGAGAGCGCGCAGGCACCGCCCAAGACAGCUGUUGGUACUGUCGCAGCCCCCGGAGCCCUGAGCAUACAGCCGACUGACGGGUCCGAGCCCGGCGCGUCGGACGGCACUGGUGGCGCCGGAGGCAGCGCCGGGGGCGGGGGCCGUAGGGAAGCGGCCGGGCGAGCCGCGGGAGGAGGAGGAGGAGGAGGGACGGGCGGGCGUGGUGCUAACACCGCCGCUUGCGCCUUCUGCCAGGACGACGACGAGGUGAUGAUGUGCCCGCUCUGUUCGUGCCGGAAGUGCUACGGCAAGCAGGACCCCGAGCUCGCCCUGCUCUGCGAGCACUGCGACGACGAGUACCACACGUACUGCCUCGACCCCCCGCUCACCGAGGUACCCAAGGGGAAGUGGUACUGCGACACCUGCAAGGCGAAGGGUUUCGAUGCUCUGGGAGGCGGGAAGGGGCGCGGCAGCGGCAAGGGGGCCGGGAAGCCGGCGACCCCGCGGAAUGCCCCGGCGGUGGUGCUGACGGCGACUCGCGCGUCGCCCCGCGCCGCCGCCGCCGCUGCUGCCGCGGCGGCCGCGGCGAAGGAGGCGGCGGCUGCUGCUGCUGCUGCGAAGGAGGCGGCGUUGAACGACCCCAACUCGCCGCUGGGGAAGAGGGGCUGGGUACACCCCGCAGCAAGGAAGGCAGACCCGGCGGGUCUCGAGACGAAGGACGGAGCACCAGCAGCGGCACCACCAGCUGCGCCGGGGACGGCGAGGACGUCGGCCUGUGGAGCGGCUGUUGUCUCUGCCGCUGCUGCUGCUGCUGCUGCUGCUGCGAACGGUGCAACGGGGGCGUCGGCCCCGGGCGGCGCCGCCGCCGCCGCCGUCACUCCUCGACCACCGGAUUCCGUAGACGACGGCAGUCAGAGCAAGCAGGAAACCGGUUCCCCCUCUCGGCCUGGGAGAGGGCCCCCCCCGGCUGAGAAGCAGACGACCGACGGAGGGGGCGAGUGGAGCGGGGACACCGCCGCCGCCGCACGGUCGCGCUCGAGCCGGCCUCCGAGCACCCCAAGGGCGGGGAGGGCGCCGAGGGCCGGCGGUAGCGCCGGGCCUGCGCCUGCGAGCGAGUCAUCGACGUCUCCCCGGAAGGCUCGAAUGGACCGCCCGCCAGAUCUCCAGGGGCGAGGCCGUUCGGGCGGGAGCAGGACGAGGGGGGACGGUUCUGGGGCGAAGGCAGCCGUCAACGGCGGCGGAGACGGCGUAGGCGGCGGCAGGGGCGGCACAGGAGGCGCUUCUACUGAAGCGAUGGCGGGGACGGCGGCAGAGGAUACGCCAGAAGCAGGCAGAAAAAAGAAGAAACGGAUCGAUGAGCUUGGUGCAAUGACGGCGGCGGCGGCGGCGGCAGCGGCGGUGGACACGGCGACGGCAGGGACGGGUGCGGUUACCGCUGCGGCCGCGGCCGCGGCCGCUGCUGGGGCCGUUCCGCUGCCGGCGUGCUCGUCCAUGUCGCAGUCUUCCUCCUCGCCUUCCUUCUCGGCAGUGCCGGUGGCCGUCGCGUCGACCUCGUCCGUUGCGCCCGCUGGCCGAUGUCCGGCGCAGCUCGCGGCGGCGGGCAGCGGUGGCGAGGCCGUCGCCGCCGCCGCUGAAUCGUCGUCGUCGAUAGAUAGACCCAAUGUUCGACAACGAAAACGGGGUCACGAAGACGGGGGUACGGCAGCGGCCACGGCAGCGGCGGCGGCGCCGGUGGCGGCAGUAGAGCCUCAGGGGCACCCGUUACCGCCCGGUAGAGCGAUGACGUUUGCACCCUCCGCGGCGCCCGACUCUGCGGCGGCGGCGACCGAAGAUGCCACCAGGAGGCCGAACAACCUGAGAAAGAAGCCCCAGCCGGAGGACGUCGUGGUGGAUGGGCGCAAGUUCAAGAGAAGACGAGACAGCAUCGACGCGGAAGCGGGCGGCGGCGGCGGCGGCGGCGGCGGCGGCGAUGACGCUGUCGCCGUUUCUGCCGCGGCGACGCCGAGCUCCUCCGGCGGGCGCGGCGGCCGGGCUUCGGCCGGCAAGGAGGCGUUGAACGGCAGAGGGCGAGGGGGGCGGGGCGGCGGCAGGGCGAGGGGGAGGGGGAGAGGGGGGCGUUCAGCCGGUUCCAAACGACCAAAACCGGCGGUAGAGAAUGACUACAGCAGGCCGAGGUUGCACCACCGGGCCCCGCCGGUCGCUCCGUCGACCUUGGGAGCGGGCGGGGGCGUUUCCACCGCUCCGGUUCGACGUUCGAAGAGAAAGGUCGAGUCGAUGCACGCCACGCCCCACCCCGAGGGCGUUACCGCGGAAGACCAGAGGAGACAGCAAGCCACGGGGGCCGUGGGCAGUGACGCUCUCUCCCGCGACACACGGUCGGGCGGCGGCGGCGGCAAUGGCAUUGUUGGGGCGGGGGCGGGGGCGGGGGCAGGCGGCGGCAGCGAGAAGGGCGCCGUGAAGGUCCAACCGCGCCGUCGGAAGUCGACGAGCCUGGGCGGCGAGCGGCAGGGGGAGGGGGUACAGCAGCGCGAGGUUGAGUACCCCAUGACGUCGGUGGCGGCGGUGCUACGGCAGCUGCACAUGCGUGUGCUGAGCGUGGAGGAGAUGAAGAUGCUCGAUCAGGUCACCGGAGAAGGCAUUGCGGAACACCUCGUGGAGAUGCGCACCAUCUUGGAAGACCAAAAGCGUAGGCUGGAGAUGAAAAUUCGCAGCAUGCACGACGUGUUCUCCGACAGCAACAGCCAGCAUCAGCAGCGACCACAGCCCCCGACUGGCGUAGUCGUGGUCGGCCAGGAACGCUUAGACUCUACCCUCCCUCGGUCACCACCCCAGCCGUCUGUUGUGGUGCAUGCGGCCGGUGCCGCCCCUGUGGAUGCGGCAGCAACAGCACCGGCGGCGGUGACGGUGGCGGCGGUUGCUGCUGGGGUUGGCGGCGAAAACACUGCUCAGACGGGGGGCGGGUCGACGCCGAUGGCACAGCAGGGGGACAAGGCAGCACUAGCGGCGGCAGCUUGCCAAGAGGGGGGGGGAAACACGUGCUCAGGACAAGCUUCGGAAGUCGCGGAAGUCGCGGGUGGGGUUGUACCGACGGCAACGGCUACAACAGCAGCGACGGAGGCGGAGGGGGUGGCGAUGGCCGAACCUACCGCCGCAAUUGCGGCCAUCGCCAACGCUUGCGUCGACGAGCCUUCGCCGUCGCACCCGCACCCGCAGCAGCUCCAACCUCAACCACCGGUACCAAACAGUCAAGUCGACGGCACGAUCAUCGCGGACACGAAAAGAGGCGCGCCUCUGCCGGGGUGUGGGGAGGGAGCCUCCGCUGCUAUUGGUGUUGCUCCUGCUGCUGCUGUUGCUGCUGUUGCUCCUGCUGCUCGUGCUCCUCCUGCUCCUGCUGCUCCUGCUGCUGCUAGUGCUGCCGCCACGCGUGGGGAGUCGGAGGCAAGGCAGGCAGCGAUGGUGGUGUCCCGGGAGCAGCAACCAAUAGCGUGGCCGGGUCCAAACGGGGACACGUUGGCAGUUACACGUGCGGUUGCUCGGGUCACCGGUGCGAGUCUCGGCCUAGGGUCUCCUUCGCCGCCGGCGGGAGAUGGGGUUGGCACGUCAGCAGCGUCGUCGUCAGGCGUGGGGUUAACGGCGGCGGCCUGGGACGACAACUCCCGGCCGUUGCACAGCAGCGGAGAGCAAAACAGUGCGGACGGGGCUGCAACAACGGCAGCGGUGGCGGUGGCAGGGGUUGGGGAGAAUAAUGCGGCGGGGCUCAUCGAAGGGUGGCGGUCGCACGAGCUCGGCGUGACGACGAAACAAGCGCAACCGUCGCAGAUCGAAGCCGGCGCCAGCCAACUGCCGGAGAGAAGGAAUAUGACCGCUUGGCCCGGCUACCCGAUCGCUAGCAACAAUCUUCAGGCAACCCAAAACGGGGCUGGGGGGUGCGUGCAAAGCGCGGCGGUGGAAGUGCCCCAACACGAUCCGUCCGGGAACGUUGCCGCCGCCACCAACACCGCCGCUGCUGCUGCCGCUGCCGCUUCUACUGCUACCGCUGCCGCUGCGGCCGCGGCGGCGUCCGGUUGCACUAGGACAGUUUCUAGGGGAGUUGCGGACGACCGGGAGGUCGGGGAUACAGCGAAAAACGGCCAGAGCGUCCCGACUGCGGUGGUCGUCGACCCGCCCCCCCUAGCUCACGCCAACAACAACGGGAACGCGUGCAACGGUUCUGCGUUGGUUUCAGGGGUCAGCGGUGUCGGAGCCGGCGUCGUGACGAGGGAGAAGCUCGAACCGCGCCAGCCUGCAGAGGUCAUGACAGUACCGGUAUUGCCGACCCCUGUGGCUCCGUCAGCCGACUACGGGGUAGUACAACAACCCGAGAGAAAAACGGCAAUUUCGGGAACGGUCGCUGCGGCUGCGGCCGCCGCCGCCGCCGCCGCGGCGGCGGCUACAGCGGCUGCGGCUGCGGCUACCGCUACGGCCACAGCCACAGCAGCGGCCACCGCUGCUCGUACCGCUUCGCCCGGCUUGAGCACUGCCACCGCUGGAGCUGAGCACGGCAUCGUUCGCAGGAGCAAGAGACGCAACGGCAGGGACCGUCCCCUUGCGGAGCAGGGGCGAGAGGCGGCCGAGGAAGAAGAGGUGUGCGUCGGGGAGGAGGGCGGGCAGCAGGCGGCGGCGAUGCCUGCCGCUGCCGCCGCCGCGGAGGGCGGCGACGCCGCCGUUCCGCCCCCGGCUGACGCAGGCGUCGCCCCCCGUUCUCCCAAGGUAUCGCUUCCACCAGGGCCGGUAGUGGCCCACGGCGACAUCGUAGCGGCGGCCAUCGCCGCCCUCGCGAACGGCGGCAGCGGGAGCAACGGGGAGUGCGCGGCGAUGGCCGCGGCUGGUACUGGCGGUGUUUCUGCGGGGGGGCAAAAGGGCGAGGAGAGCGCCGUCGGAGCGGAAGGCGGGGAGGAUCGGCAACCCCGGGGCGUGUCUAUGCCGGUGGUGGCGGACGACCAGAGGCGAACCAUGGCGGCGCAGGCGAUGCUCUCGUUUCGAUAAGAAAGGCGGCGGCGGCCCGCUGUCGUAGAAUUGGGUUAUCCUAUCGUGGAACGGCUCGCCGUAGACAUUUUGUACUCGGACGAUGAUUGCCUUUGAUUUGAUGCCUGCGGCACUGCUUGUUUCUGGGAGUGGUUGGGUCGGUGCCGCGGGACGGAUGAGGAUGUGGGGCGGGGCCGGGGGCGGAGAGAGGUCGUUGUGUGGGUUGGCUAUGGAUGACUUGCCCCCCACCCUAACCCCCCCUCCUGGCCGAGCUGCAGGGCCUCGCGCUGGGGUUUGAAGGCUGUCGCUUGUUCACGACUGGUAUGCAGCUGGGAUGAUGGCUGUUUAUCGGGCACGCCGCCGGGGUGUGUUGCCGCGGGUAGCGUUUCGGGUGUGAAAAUGCUAAACGAUAAAGGAGCGUCGGGCGGGUGGGCGUACCUGCGGAGCGUUUUUUUUUUUUUUCGUGGCGGGCGCCGCGUAGCAGCGUCUCCUUUUCCUCCUGCGCAUGGCUGUGGUGUUAGCGUGUAUUUUCUGUUUCGCUCAACCGUCCCUCGCAGGAAGUAGACCGCGGUGUUGUUGCUGGUUUCAUAGGCGAGAAAGUAGGCCUCCUCUUUGCUCCGCACCUCUGCUAGCCCUUGGCACCAAGGGACGUAUGGUUCGGUGAGGCAUGCUGAGGCGAGACGUGAGUGGGGCGAAACGAGCCACGAUCGGUCGCCGCCUCGUUGUCGCUGUUGUGUUCUUGUUUGUUCGAGUGAUCAUGGUGUUUUUGCACGUUUUUUCUUGGCAUAGUCUACGACACUUCGUUGAUGAACAGAAAAUGGUAUAUACUCCUCGACGUGUGGUCAGUGUGGGAUGUGAUACCCUCGCAUGUUCUCUUGCUCAAUUCUUCGCCCGGCCUGUCGUCCGAACGCCAUGGAUGGUUUGGUCCUCGUCGUGCUGCCUGGUGAGCGUGCCACAUAAGCAUUAUCUGCCGUGAAGGUGCCGUGUACGGGAAAUAGAAAAAAAAACUGUUGUCGUCGAGUCAGGUAGUUGGUCUUGUGAAUGUUUCAAUCCCGUUGAAUGGACGAGCGGGUACACCCGCGUCGGCAGGCGGAAGCAAAGUCUGCCAGGAGUUUUGCAACAACGGCCGUUUCUCGCCCAGGAGCAGCUGCGGUAGGAGGUAGGAAUGUCCUUGUCGCGGGAGAACCAGAAGGGCUUAAGGGACUCAAGUUAUUUAGUGGUGCGUGCUCUAAACGAGUACGUACGAUCGAGUGUGUGUUUUUUCGGAUUGUCGGGGGAAGCUCAGUAGACCAGCUACAUAGCGUAGGGAAUGCUCGGAUCCGUGGUAGGGUGGUAGCCGGGUGAACAUGUGGGCGGGCGCCAACGACAAGAAGAGAAUUGAGGAGACUGCUGGGGAGUAUGUUGGGCAGAGGCGGGUGUGCGAGUGUUGGAUUCUUCUACUGCUGUGUGUGUAGCGGAUGAGGGUUUUUUCGGAUCGAUCGAUGGUAUAAUCUCAAUUUGUCUUGUUGUACGAUAGAAAAAUGUUCAAUGUGU